AUGCGGCUGAGAUUAAACUCUCGCUCUCAAAAGCCAGGCCUCUCUGAGAGCGCGUCGCUUCUUUCGACAAUUUUCAGGCCAAUCAAUGUCCCCUGGAAGCGUUGGCUUGAAACACUCGCCGUAAUGUUUUUCAUCUUCAUGUGGGUUAUUCUUCCAAUCAUGAUGACUUGGAUCCCUCUGUAUGUACUUUUUGUAAGCCGUUGGUGGUUCCUUGUUCCGUUAUACGCUGCAUGGUUCUAUUAUGAUUUUCGCACACCGCGAAAAGGUUCUCGGCCUUGGAAAUGGCUGAGAAAUCACGUCGUUUGGCGGUAUUUCGCCGACUAUUUUCCACUUCGCCUCGUUAAAACCGCCGAAUUAUCACCUGAAAGGAAUUAUAUCAUCGGUUCGCAUCCGCACGGGAUGUUCUCUGUCGGCGCCUAUACAUCAUUCUGCACAAACGCGACCGGUUUCGAGGAGAAGUUUCCCGGAAUCACGCCCACAAUACUAACCCUCAAUGGACAAUUCUAUUUUCCGCUGAGAAGGGAGUUUGGAAUGCUGGUCGGCGGCACCGAGAGCUCAAAAGAGUCCCUACAAUACUCUUUGACAACUCCGGGAAAGGGAAAAGCUUGCGCUAUCGUUGUCGGAGGCGCUCUUGAAGCUCUCGAAGCUCGUCCGAACAACUUCACGCUAGUCCUGAAGAAGCGCAAAGGCUUCUGUAAAUAUGCGUUAAUGCACGGUGCAGACCUUGUUCCGAUGUACCAUUUUGGAGAAAAUGAUCUUUAUGAGCAAUACGAGAAUCCCAAAGGAUCGCGUCUUCGUACAAUUCAGGAGAAAAUCCUACGAGUUUGGGGACUUUGUCCGCCAAUGCUCCGCGGACGAUCAAUUUUCAAUCAAUAUUUGAUUGGACUAAUGCCUUUCCGCCGACCAGUCACCUCAGUGAUGGGAAAACCCAUAAGGGUGACAAAGGUGGAAAAUCCCAGCGAUGAGCAAAUUAACGAGCUCCACUCAAAGUAUUGCCAAGCUUUGAUGAAGUUGUUCGACGACUACAAGCACCUUCACUCGAUCCCAAAGGAUGUACAUUUAACUAUCGAAUAA